GAUGCGACGAGGACCUCGACGGCAAGGGUAUGGCCAGUGCCAGGGUUGGCAGGGGACCUGCAAAGUGCAGUCCUGAGUGCGGCCCCGCCCUGGGCACUGGCGGCAGUGGACCCAUGGGAGCGGCAUCGCAGGUGGAGGACCAGGGGCAGCCGCCGCUGGCUUCUGGGGAGUUGAGCGGCCCCAGCACGGGCACUGGCAGCGACGGCAGACAGGCCAACUGCGUUCGGCGUAGUGCUACGGCCUGGGCCAGGGGUGGCAGGGGACCUGCAACGUGCGCGCGUGAGUGCGGCCCCGCCCUGAGCCCAGGAUGCGACGAGGACCUCGACGGCAAGGGUAUGGCCAGUGCCAGGGUUGGCAGGGGACCUGCAAAGUGCAGUCCCGAGUGCGGCCCCGCCCUGCGCACUGGCAGUGGAAGCGACGCGGUUAUCGACGGCAUGUGCGUGGACAGCACCAAGGGCGGUAGGGGACCUGCAAGCGCCGAUCUGGUGGGUGGCCCUGCCCCGUCUGCUGGCAGCGCCGCGGUGGCUCGUCCUGAGCCUGCGCAGCCGAGGCGCAGCGUCGCGCCCAGGCUCGAGCGGCAGGUCGCUGGAUGGGCGAGGUACUGGACCCAAGCACCAGAGGUCGGCGAGACGAUGGAGUGCUACAGCGAGUGGCUCGACCACUGCGUCGGCUACGUCACGCAGUUCCUGUCCCAGCCGCGCUUCGCCACCAGGCUGCGUGCGCGUGGGAUGACGGCCGAGCAGAUGGCCGAGGAGAUCUGCGAGCGUGCUUGGGGCACUGGCAUGCCCGCGAGGCGGGCCUACUACAGGUGGCGCAACACGUUGACGCGGUCGCAGAGGAUCGUGUCCGACUGCAUGCGGCGCUACGACUACGUGUGCCUGCGGUCGUGGCUCGCAGAGCUGCAGCGGGAUGGGCAGCCGCCGCCCAUUG